AAAACUACUAAUUUAACUGUAUCUCGAAUCGGAAACUGUAAUUAGUCCUACACACUAGAAAUUAAUGGAUGCAUAUAGUUUAACAAAUAUUGUUCAUUCAAAUGAAAAAAACGACCUCGAGGUACAAAUAGCAUCGUUACAGAUGAUAACGGAAUAAAGAUGUCUUGUCUACGUAUAUAUACACAUAUAUGUAGAUACAAUGCAAGUCGAUGUUCUGUUUUGUUCGCACGCAGAAAAUGGCAUUGGAUUUAGCUAACUGGUGCAGGAGAAUUAGAGGCUUCAAAUACCUGAUAUUAACGAAAACGAGAACACUCGUAGAUUGUAUGGCCGGUCUUAAGUUUCAUUUGAUAUUACAUUCCUUGUGGGGUUCGAAUUUCGCUUUUUGUGCCUGCAUGCGUGGCAGUCUUUCUGUUAUAAAGGUACACUGUUAGGCUUCAGACUGAAUUUUUCUUGUUUGAAAAUGGUAUAUUUGGCAGUAGUACUAUUUUUUAAAUCUGGCUUGUGAUUUUUUCAGUUCUUUCUUAUUUCACUUAGCAGACAAAUAAAAUCGCUCCUGUUAAUUAUCUUCAAACUUAAAACAUUGAGAGGAACGACUCACUAUAACUGUUAUUGUGUUGUGAAUAGGGCUGUAGAGACAGCUGUUAUUUCUUUAAUGAAAUACAUUGUGAUGAAAUUUUUCCGUCAGUAAAAUGAGUGGUAAGAUUCAGUAUUUAAGAGCACCUCGUAGUUUAUGGUAUACUCCCGUAAUCGUUGUUUUGCGUAGCUUUCCUGACAUGUUAUUCUGGCAUAAUAGGCAAAAGUUCUAAUUGUCAAUUUUUGACGUAACCACAUAUAAAUGAACAUAAAUUAGCUGCUAUCUGUGGAGGUCUUUGUGCAUCUGAAACAGUAAAGUUCUGCACCUUAUAUUUUGUGUACAAACGUUGGCUACAUGCGUAGUUUUGCAUCUGGCUGCAUUGAGAGGAAUCAAACAUUCCUUUGAUAACAUUGAUGUGUUAUUAAGUUUUAUUUUAGGAGUGAGUACUAAGUUUUCCUCACUUAACUCCUAAAUUUUUGAGUUUCCAGUCAAUACCAUGUCUUUUGAUAUUCGACUGUGUAUUCACACUUAGGAGUUGGCAGUUCCUGUCUCCUACAGACAGGGAACCCCUCUGUUAAUUUCCAACAUAGUUUCGGCAAAUUUGUGUAGGUCAUAUGGACAGGUCCUACGAAAAAUUGUACUGACGGCUGUGUUUGUUAUGAGGUAUAAAUUUCAUUAAAACUAAGGUUUGAUAUGGAUAGCAUGACGGCUUUCCAGAAUUCUCUAGAGAAUUAAUUACGACACUGGAGACUUUUUUGACAAACAGUAGCACUUAAUCUUCUAUUUUUUGUUUUGUCGUACGAUCUGACAAUAUUAAUUCUUCCUUCUCAUUCUCCAAUUACUAAAUGAUCCGAAUUUCAUUUUCACUGAGCAGGUUGGAAUGUGUUUUAGGCUUAUGCAUCCCUAACUUCAUAGAUAUUUCUGGUGCUACUGGCGUUAUCACAACUGUUGUUUGUAAAAAGUUGCAUAUCAGGCGUAUAAUAUGAUAGAUAAUGUCAACUAGAUUUAUGGAUAAGAGUAACCACUGCACCGUUCCAGCUGUCAUAAUAUCUUUUGUUCAAGGGGUGGUAUAAAAGUAAAAGUCAAGACAUUGGUUGCACAUACUCUUAGAUCCUUGGAUGUAUAUCGUCUGACACCUUUGUUUCUCUUUCAUUCCGGUACAAAUACAUUUUGACCAACAUCAGUAGUGUAUACAGUGUAGUGUCAUUGUUCCUAUUCGUAAUAAUACGUCUGGCAGUAAUUCUACAUUAACGAGCAUAUCAAGGCAGCUUGUCAUAGCAACAACUUCUUUCCUAUUAUCUUGAAUUAUUUAAGAUGCUUUUAUGCUACCAGUUGAUGUAGGAAUGUGGUAGUGUGUUUUAUUUUCUCAAGAUUCAUAUGAGGAAAAAGGUUUUUAGGUUGGUUUAACGCGAUCCGAGCUUUAAGCGUGUUCAAGUGUAUUCGAAACUGGCAGUUUGCUGAGUUAUAUUCAUUUCGAUGUGUUGUAUAACUUUUCUAUCUCUGGAAUAUCGACAGAUAGCUAGGUCCUAUCACUUUCUUUAGAAUUUGUCAAUUACAAAUCUCAUGCUUUGUCUAUGGAAUGUUGUUUGAGUUUUAUUCAAACAGUUCAUUUCAUAGAGGAUUAAGUUACCUAAGGAUAGAAAUGUGUCACUGUAGCAUAUUGACUUUUAUUGUCGAAAAAUCUAACAAAACGCAUGUGUUUUUAUUCUUUAUCAACAUUGUAAAUCUCACAACUCUUCAUUAGAUUAUUCUCCCACGAAUAUUUAUCCAUUACAUUCACAUUCCAUUUCAGCUUUUUUUCUAACUGAUUAACGUCUCAGUACAGUAACGUGUAGACUCAUUAGUUAAUGUUAUCCAUUUGAAUACUGCCUCCCCCCUCAGAAGUCCGAAUGAUAAGUUUACCAUUCUCAAUAAGGCGUUGUUUAGACUCAUUUUAUGAAUACCUUCAGUAGAAACGUAAGCUUUUCUUUUUCAAAUGCGAAGUAGCAACUUAAGACUGGCUAUAGUGCUUGCGGAUGGAGCGUCCACCUAAAGGAUACUCCGGAUGACAUAUGACAUGUAGCUUGACACACUCAAUAGGUUUCAUUGAUGUUUAUUUAACCUAUGAAGACUUUCAUUUGAACUAGUUAAGAGAAAUAACGUUAACCUUCAAUGAUUCCGAUCUACUUUUUUCGUGCAUUGCCGUAAACUUCCAUGCAUGUAACAGCUAAUUCACAUUUACUAUGUAAGGACUGAUGGUGUUAUGUAAUUGCCGAAACUUUGGAACGUGGUUUCAAGGGGAAAUUAAUUGUACGGAAUUGAGAUUCUCAGAGUACUUGAACCACCUUUCUAAAACAAGGCUUAUAUUGAGGUGCUUUGUUUAUUUAUUAAGAUGACACUCAAAAUAAUAAGAAAGUUUAGUUGUAAUUCACUUAUCACAUCGUCUUUUAAGUUCAUUGUUAAUCAUGACUGGAGUUUUAGCCGAAAUAUGUUGUGUAAUUUUUAUUCCUUAGUGUUUCGAAGUGAUUGAUUGCAUGUAUUGAAGAUUAAAAGUAACACUAGACAGCAAAUAAAGUGUAUGGAGAAAUUUAUAUUUCAGUAACGAUUUCAAAUGAUUUCUGAUUUGUAAAUCAAGAUAGUAAUAGUAGUAAUACUGUUUCAUUGCCUACAUUUCCUACGUAAUAUUAAGCAUGCUUUAAGUGUUUUCACUGAAUAUCAUUGCCUUCUAAAAUUUCUUUGCUUUUUUGAUUUUAGAAAUGAUGGCUCAUUCUGGUUCAGCAUUACCUCCAGGAUCAGUUCUAAUACAGUCAGGUCAGACAAACCCUCAGGGUGCAAAUAUGGCAACUUUACAAACAAACAGUGUGACAAGUGUUCCACAGAAUCUCCAAGUAUGGGCACCAUCACCGCCUGGACCUAUGGCAGUCUCAGGCAUAGGACAACCAAGGAAUUCAUCUAACUUAGUUACUCUUCCCUCUGGACAAACAGUACUGAUGGCUAAUUUAGUUACAACUGCAACCACAGCACCGAUUUCACUGCCCACCUCCACUCUUGCUCAACAGCAAAUCCAAGUUCCACCGGUUAUCGCACCUGGAAACCCUAUUGUAUUACCAAGUCCUACGCCCAAUGGGCCGUUAACUACACAGCUCACUAAUCCUACUGUUAUACAUGGUCCGAAUGGCCCAAUGUCUAUGGCUUUACCAGGAGGAAUAAUAAGUAGCAAUCCGCUAAACUCGUUUAAUAAUCCAUCAAAUGCUUUUGUUUCCACUGCAUUAGGAAACAUGGCUACUGAUCAACCUGUACAUAUCGCCCAGAUUGUUGACAAUCAGCUGCAUCCAGGAACAGCAUGUUUCACUUCAAAUGCUGGGUUUCAGGGAGUAGCCCUAUGAACCAAAUGAUUUUAGACUCUUCAGGUUUUAACCUUGGGACUACUCAGUCGCCAAAUAAAUUGAUUAAUAUGUCUCCUGUUAAACCUCAGACAUUAGUAUCUUCUUCUAUGCAACCUGUUUCCACUAGUAAUUCAUUCAAUACUACUGAAAAUAUUCCAAGAAGUUUGUCAGUCAGUUUUUCGUCUGACAUUGAGAUGUCACAGUCAGAUACAUCGAUUUCCCAGGCAGCUAUCGUUUCAAGUACUCAGAAUUUACCUGUUCAAGAAAUAAUAUCACAAUCAGUUCAAGAGGAUAGUUCAUUGACAACUGUAGAAAACAGUGUAUCCACUUUAGCACCAGUUACUACCAAUUCCCUACCCGAAGAAGUACCUAGUACGACAGAAAAUAAUCAAACAAAUAUUGACACCAGUUGUACUGUCGGUGAACAGGUGACUUCAGCUUUCACAGCAGAUUCAUUGUCAGAGUUGUUAACUGAGAUGGAGCCACACUUACAACUAGACCCUGAUGUUGAAGAGGUUAUGACAAAUUUAGCUAAUGAAUUUAUAGCCAGCUGUGCAGAAAAAGCUCAGAAAAUUGCUUCGCAUAGAGGUUCAUCAAGUGUUGAGGGAAAAGAUAUUGUAUUUUGUAUGGAACGUGAAUGGAACAUUAUUGUACCAGGUUUUGUGUCUGAUGAUCAUCGGCCUGUACGUAAAAAUUUAACCACUGAAGCUCAUAGACAACGUUUAGCCUUAAUUAAAAAACAAAUUAAAAAGAUGUAA